AUGCUUCCAGGUCCGGAGGUGCCGGUGCAGGUGUGGGUGGGCGGCCAGCUCUUCCAGGCCGACCGGGCCCUGCUGGUGGAGCACUGCGGCUUCUUCCGCGGCCUCUUCCGCUCGGGCAUGAGGGAGGCGCGCGCGGCCGAGGUGCGCCUGGGCGCGCUGAGCGCCGGCGUGGCGGCCGUGCGGCCCAGCAGCUACGUGGCCGUGAGCACGCACACGCCCGCACCCGGCUUCCUGGAGGACGCGUCGCGCACCGUGUGUUACCUGGACGAGGAGGAGAACGCGUGGCGCACGCUGGCCGCGCUGCCCCUGGAGGCCAGCACGCUGCUGGCUGGCGUGGCCACGCUGGGCAACAAGCUCUACAUCGUGGGGGGCGUGCGGGGGGCCAGUAAGGAGGUGGUGGAACUGGGCUUCUGCUACGACCCGGACGUCGGCACGUGGUGCGAGUUCCCCAGCCCGCACCAGCCGCGCUACGACACAGCGCUGGCCGGCUUCGACGGCCGCCUCUACGCCAUCGGGGGCGAGUUCCAGAGGACGCCCAUGAGCUCCGUGGAGCGCUACGACCCGGCCGCAGGCUGCUGGAGCUUCGUGGCCGACCUGCCCCAGCCGGCUGCCGGCGUGCCCUGCGCCCAGGCUUGCGGUCGCCUCUUCGUGUGCCUGUGGCGGCCGGCCGACACCACGGCUGUGGUGGAAUACACGGUGCAGACGGACGCGUGGCUGCCGGUGGCCGAGCUGCAGCGCCCGCAGAGCUACGGCCACUUCAUGGUGGCCCACCGCGACAGUCUGUACGUGGUGCGCAACGGGCCAUCCGAUGACUUCCUACACUGUGCCAUCGACUGCCUCAAUCUGGCCACUGGCCAGUGGACGGCGCUUCCUGGCCAGUUUGUCAACAGCAAGGGAGCGCUCUUCACUGCGGUGGUGCGUGGUGACACCGUCUAUACUGUCAACCGCAUGUUCACGCUGCUCUAUGCCAUCGAGGGCAGCACCUGGCGGCUGCUCAGGGAAAAGGCGGGCUUCCCACGGCCCGGCUCCUUGCAGACCUUUCUCCUGAGGCUGCCUUCUGGCCCUCCGGGGCCUGUGGCCUUGACGACGCCUGAACUGUGA